AUGAUCCAAGAGUUCCUUCAAUUGAAACAAGGAAAAAUGUCAGUCACUCAAUAUGCGAACCGUUUUGAAGCCCUCUCACGGUACGCUUCAGCUAUAAUAGCAAAUGAAGAGGAUAAAGUUAGACAAUUUGAAUGGGGUUGGGACACAAACAUUAAGGAAAGAUUGAUUACAGUGCAGCUUUCCAUCUAUGCUCAAAUGGUGGAUCUAGCUUUAAUUGUGGAACGAAAGUUAGCGGAUUCCGAACGCAUUCGAAAUCAGCGAUCAAGGAACAACAACCAACCAUGCGGAGGACAUCCAGUUCGCAACACCAGAAACCAUCCUGCACCAGCACCUUAUGCCGGAGGGUUGCAGCAACAACAAAGGCAGAAUAGAGGAAACCAGCAGGGAGGAAACUUUGUAAAUGAGUGGAAAGGAAAAUGUUUCAGAUCUGGUCAGCAGAUGCAUCAUCGAAGUGAGUGUCCUCAAGGUGGGAAGUAUUUUAUGGAUCAGCGAGGGGCACAAUAA